AAACAUUACAUCCAACACGUUGAUUCGUUCCAUAUAACCCUGUCCUUUCUUAUAUCAGCUAUACGUCUCCUUGCUUUCAACCUAUUUGCACUAGGGAGAGAUUUGAUUGGCUGACUGUAUUUUCGUUUUCCUAUCCCAGUUGUUCUUCAUUUAAUCUCUACUUUGAUCAAUGACCUAGUGCAUGUCUGACCUUUCAUUAUGUUUGAUAGACAGCACGCGUGCAUUAGGUAUCGCUAUGUGUUUGUCUUACGAUCAUCCUUUAUGAAGGCUUUCAGGGCUGACUGUUUAUAUUUGCUUUUGGCAGUGUGCAUAGUUUUUUUGUUCAGAGCAAUCAAAUAGUGUUUAGGAAAAGAUUAUUUUUCUUUACCACAUUCCACAUCGGUGAGACCAGUAUGCGUUGUCCGUGCUAAACCUCACACCCUUGCUCUGGAAAUUUAUUGAACCAGUCGAGCAAAUUCAUAUAAUAAGGCUGGUGAAUUGCGUAAUUGUGUGCAGACAGACGUACACACUAAUCCUCAACCGUCAAUCUAAACCUGCACACAUCCAUUUAUCAUUUCGAUAUUUAAAAAAUGUUAGGAGUGGAACGUAUUUUCCUGUUGGGGUGUGGACUCGUCUUCAGGCUCAAUCCUAAAUAACCUUCAAAUAAGCAUAGAACACAAUGUCAAAAAACAAAAGUCGAUUUUACUCCCUGAUGAGUUCCCUACCAUUAUGCAUGAAGCCAUAUGAGCAGUUUAUUCUAGAACUUCAAAAGCUUUCAAGGCAUAACAGACAAAAUGCUGUUUUACAACCGCCCUAUCUUUUUGGACACUUAAUUGAUUUACAAAAGCUGUACAACGAAGUUGCCCUGCGGGGUGGUCACAAACAAGUUACUUUUUCCCACCUGUGGUUGGAAGUUUAUCUAGCCUUAGGUCUGCCACCAGGUUGUGUCGAUGCAGGCCAUGGAUUGCGCACUAUUUAUCAGAGGUAUCUCGAGUUGUUCGAAAGAAACCAACGAAUGACGUCAAGAAGCAUUUUCACAUCCGAUGAACAGGAUGAUGCUGUUACUCACUUUGACGGUGAUGCUCAGGAUUUCGAUCAGUUCCUAAAAUCGUCUAAACAAAACAUUUAUGGGGCUUCUGUUCGUUCUAAUACUGAAGAAAUACCCAAUCACUUGCGAAAAAGUUGGAAUUUGAGUAUCGAUUUAAAAGAUGAUUUCGAAUACAUGUCAUUAGAAAAAUCAUUAUUGUCAGGGCUUCCUAAUGAAAUUGAGCUUGCGUUAAACACAAUCCUUCUUAUGUCUUCUCAACCAAAUGACUUCAGUAUUAGUAAAAAUCCUAGGCUUCUGGAUGUUCUGUUAUAUACUGUUGGCAUUUACGGACCAAAUCCAUAUUUUAUUCCAGAACAUGUCACGACGUACCAAUACAGCAGAUACCUCAAUUUUUGGGAAUCAAAUAUUGACAAAGAGAAUGGACGAGUAUUUCUUUCACCCAUCGCCUUCUACUCAAAAGAGCUUCCUGAGGUUAUUUAUGAUGAAUUUUGUUAUCCUCCUGCUGUUCAAGAGAUGACAUAUGGUGAUGAAGAAGCUUUUCGUGUACAACUAGUCGCUACAGUACUACGUAACUUGGCUGUAGAUGAUGGAUUAAGCGCUGUCAUUAUCGGACGAAAUCCUCAAGCCUUGCGUUUCAUUUUUUUAUGUAUAUAUUCCAAACACUCGUGUCUACAUCAACUUGGUUUAGAAAUACUAUCUUCAUUGUAUUUUCCAGUUCUUGGUUCACUUAUACCUGCCCUCCAUCGUUUGCUCACUACUUUGUUAGUUUGUCCUGAUCGAAUAGAUCGCAUCCGUGGUUUACAGAUUGUGAAAAACUUAUGCUCAACGCCGCUUUUCGAUGUAACCUACGACAACAUUCCACCUGUAGGUACUAAAAAGGUUUCUUUAACCAGGACUGGUCGUAACAUAGCAUUUCUGACUUCAUUGCCACCUGUUACAUUCUCUUCUAUUGCAAGCACUUUAUGUUUGCGAGAUUUGCAUUUAGUAGUUCUUGCAAUAGAUACUAUUCACAGUUUAACCUGUCUCGGUCCUACUUUAUGUGAUCGUCUGCUUCAACAAGGAUCACCACCCGAAGAAGAUCCUCCCACUUCUUUAGAACUUCAUAUACCCCACCAGAAUUCAAGCCUUCUUUCUCUACUUGUCGCUUUACUAAAUUUGGAAGCUCAGGCCAUGGGGUCGGACAGUCUCAUUCGCGUGCGUGUUAUGCAAGCAUUGGGUACAGAAUCUACCAAUACUAAGCCUUCUGUUUCAAAGCCUUCAUUUUCUACCGCUUCUCCCCUUUCAAAAACAAUAUCUACCACCAUCAUGCAAACAACUUCAAGUUCUUCAUGUAUUCCUCCACAAAAUCCCACAGUCACCUCAUCCACAAAUUCGACAGUUCAGCUGCCAGUUUACUGUGCUCAACCAAACCUAACUAUAUCGCUGAAUCAUCCUUCGUGUUGUACAAGUUAUCAUUUGAGUGUUUGUAACACAUUGCAAACUCCUACUGGAAAGACUUCAAUUCCUACAGCACCAAGUUAUUUUCCUCACAAUCUUAUUGGCUGUAGUUCUCCUUCCACCACCUUUUUAGCCGCCAAUCCGUCGGUCAGUGGAGUCCAAAAUACAGAUUCUUCUCGUGUAAAUAAACGUGAUUUGCUAGUUAGAAAUUGUCUUCCAGUCAUUACUACUCCUAGAGUUAACCUUUCUAUGCGUGAAUUUGGUACUGUUGCAUCUUCAACGCAACAAGGUUCAGGGUCUUCAUCUACUAGCAAACCAGGUUUAUCUGUGAUACAGUCGUCACACAUAACAUCAACUAUGAAUUCUGCUACUGUAAAUACUAGUAUCUCAUCUACAAAUGAUCUCAUGAGUAAAGUGUGUUUACCUCAAAAGUUAUCUAGUACACCGGCACUCAACACACCUACUAUUAACUCAGAAAUUCAAAAACAUGUAAAUCCACCAUCAAAGUCCCUUGCUACUGAAAAUGGUAUACCUCAACUUGAUAGACGUGAAUUCAUGUUUGAAUGGCUUAAAAGUAAUUAUGCUGUACAUAAUCACUCUAGCAUUCCGCGUAUUCAAAUAUAUAAUGAAUAUCAAAAAGCACAUCUACAACGAUUCAAAAAUAUUGUUGCAAUUUCGCCUGUUGACUUCCAUUCACAAAUUAAAACUAUAUUUCCUGGAGUAGGUCAGGUGAAAGUACAAGUACCGGGAGGAAGUGUAGAAAUUCACUACAACAACUUAAAACAUGUUAAUGCUCCUGAACCUGAAAGUCAACAAGGCAUAAAUGAUAUUAUGGCAUCUGUUUUAAGUCCCACCAAAAUUGAAUCCAUGUGUCAUGAAUCACGUUCUCCAAAAACCAAAUGCCGUAAAAGACCGGCAACUGGGGCCUUUCUUCAUCCUGCAUCUCCUAAACUGGCUUCAAAAAAUGAGGAUCUGCAAAACCAGGUACUUAAAAGUUCACAAAUUGAUGUUUGUGAUUUGAAUGGCCAUCUUGAAUCCCCAAAAUUAACUAAUGGACAGUUAGUUUGUCCUUUAAAUGGUUUAUCUCGUGAUACCACAGACGUGCUCAACAUGACCACAAGACUUCAUAAUGGAUCACCUCUCAGGAAGUUGAAUGCUUCAUUAAAUACAAAUGAAGAUGGUUGUGUUCAAAAGAAAUGUACAACGCCUGUGCGAGCAACAGCAGUGGUAUCCUUACCCGACUCCAAGAUUAUGAUCGUUCCUGUCUUUACUACUUAUGGUAUGGGCCAUAAUUUGACACUCAACGGAACUCCAACUAGCGAAGUUCCCACGAUGAUCAAAAUGCAAACCUCUGAGAACCACGAAAUUAAUAAAGCUAACAACACUAUUCCAAUUUGUUCUAACAUUGACCAUACUACAACUAUUUCUAAAACUAAAGUCAACGUCAUCACGUCUUCCUUAACACCGAACAGCAUAUCAUCUACUUCAUCGGAUCGUAGCUGCAAACUAGCAAAGCAAUUAGAUGACUCAAUUAUUUCAGGAAAUUAUACAAACAGGGUUUCCACUGAUCAUGGUAAAUGUGUACAAUUAUUCUGUAUGUGGGAUAAAUGUAUGCAAACAUUUUCAGAGUCUGUUGAACUUUGCAGGCACAUUCAAAAUAUUCAUUACAAAUCUAUUCAAAAUUCAGAUCAAAUAAAAUGUGUUUGGGGGAACUGUUCUGAAGUGAUAUCUGGUCCCAGUUUUGAUAUACUGAUGGAUCAUUUACGUGCUAAACACAACAUUCAAUUACCUGUCAGUAUGGAAUCUUCACCGAAUGGUUUAUCAACUAAUGAUAAUGUUAUAUCUUCUGCAGUUAAUAAAAAUCAACCUAUUUAUACUCCAGUGAAUUCCGAAACACUUUCAGAAAAAAAUCCAAGUCAUUCUUCAUGUCAAAUCGAAAAGCCGUUCGUGUAUGAUGAAUUACAAUUGUCGAAUAUUCUAUCAGAAGAGUGUCGUAGAGCUCUGACUGGAGGAAUUCCUAAUCCACCUUUCGCACCUACACCAGUUCAUGAAGGGCCUGUAACUAAGCACCUCCGACUUACUGCGGCUCUAGCCUUAAGAAAUUUAUUACAAUAUAGUGAUGUUGCACGACGUUAUGUAAGUUCUUGUGAGAAUCUUUUAUGUGAUUUAGCCUUUGCUAAUCUUGAAUCUUCUCCGACAAUUUUUGAGUGCCUCACACUAUUAUCCAGUUCGUUUGAUGAAAAUACACCAACAACAUCAACAUCGACAACUCAGUAUUGUAUAGAUGAGAAGCAUAUUUUCUGAGUAUCACUAGAAACACAAAAUUAAUCCUGCAUUUAGUCAAUAACAGUAACAACUACCUAUACACAAAAAAUAGUACAAACUCAACCUUUUUUAGUAAAUCAUAAUUGUUUCAUUUAUACACUGCUCAAGUUUUAUUCUGUUUAUUUAAAAUUGACUACCGGUUUAACUAAAUUCAUGCAAUUAUAUUUUCAAAUUUUAUCAAUAAGUAACUAUUCCGUUAUACAAAAGUGUAUGCCUGAUUGUACACUGUGCAUAAUCUUUUAAUUUUGAGCUAAUGUUGUAUUUGGUGACAAGUGCCAAAGGUUCCUUAUGUGAAUAUUUCUUUCUCUCUUUUCUUCAUAAUUGUAUUUUCUAUGAACAGCUGAUACUCUCCCUUCCUCCCUCUCUCAAUAUGUCGCUUUAUAUCCACAUUUUUUUGGCAGUUUUAGACUGUUUCUCAUUGAUUAACAAAUGAUGUGCUCAUGUAUAUCUAUAUAAAUAACUUACCGAAUACUUUCUUUUUUAUUCUGUUCUUAUCAGUUAUUACUAUUAGGCUAUAUAUUUAUUAUCUGCUGCACUGUGAUGGGCUUGUGUUUCUAUAAUGAUAAUACAAUCAUUAUUAUUACUAUUAUUAUCAAUAAUGUUAUUUUGUCACACCACCCAUAUUAUAUAUAUGUACAGGCUAGUUUUUACUUCGUUCUCUUUUUUGUUUGGAGUGCAUGAAUUUUGCAUUUUUUUUGAGGAAAUAAACUCUUAUUCUUACUGAUUGUCUUCCUUUGUUCGCUUCAUCACUGAAGUUUUGUUCUACCUUUAUUUCGAUCAGCUUCAAGACUUUCAGUGGUAUAGUCGUUUUCGCGUAUAAUUUUUAAGUGAUAAGACAAACUUGUAGUAGCAGUCAGUGUUUUUAACCCGUGAGACGACAAAUAUCUUAUUAUGAUGUUUGUAUUUUCCAAUGAUUGAUAAACAAAAUGAGUAAAAAAUAACUCAAAUCAUCGAGUUUUAACUCUGUUUGAAAACACGAAUAAUUGUAUUUGUUAAUAUCCCAUGUUAAAGUUAUAUGAUAGUAAUAACUGACAAUAAUAGUAGAUUUAUUUAGUAAUAUAAGUUUUGGUACAGUAAAUAAUCCUCAGCAAAAGUUGUACGAUGCUACAAUAAUAAAUAUCCCUUUAGCAUACAUUCAAAUUGUAAUUAUUUAAAACGAAUUUUAAAAAUGUUUUUAUUUGUCAAUAUCUUACAUCUACCAGUUCAGCUGCUACAAUUAUUUCUUUCCAUCCAUUUUUUAUAAGAUAUUCGAAUCUUAAUAUUUCAAAGGAUAGAUAAAAAGAAAAACGUACCAAGGGCUGGAGUGUUUCGGUCUUCUGCCAGUAUACUGCCUUGCAAUAAUUUGUACGCCUUUCAUAAUGAGUAAACGUGGUUAAUGUUUACGAUUAUUCAGUUAAAAAAAAUCUUU